CAUGCGCCCGGGCUGCACCCCGCGAGACUUGCUCCCAGGUUGCUCCCAGAACUCUGGACAUGCGGUGCCGUGAUAUCACGUCCCCGUGAAGCAGGGCCUAUCACUGCAAGACACAGAUAGUAACCACCCCCCUCUCGUUCGCGGCUGCUAUGUGAAGCUGUGCAGCGCCGCUGUGCGACCUGACGUGUAUAUUACCUGACUUUGCCGCUACUACGAGGUACCUCAACUCGUUGCCGCGCACUUCCGUCUCCAACACCUGCCCAUGUGAAUGGCGCGCUCACAUAUCGCUGUCGCCUUGGGCGCGGCUCUUGUUGCUAUCCUGGUCGUUGGCCAGCUUGCCGUUAACCUAGGAUUUCCGAACAGUGAGUCCUGGCACUUGAGGCUGGACCAGAGCUACGAUGGCACCCAGCAAGACCUGUUUGUGAGUACGAAGCAAAACGGAGGCCUGGUAGAAGACCGGUCGCAGUACCUUAUUGGUGUGGGCAAGGCAGACAUCACUGGGCCCGUUGUCGAGCUCAACUUGAUGGGCUAUGCCAACUCGUCGCAGGUCGGGACAGGCCUUCGCCAGCGCCUCUACGCGCGUGCCUUUAUCAUAGGCAGUCCAGACAGCCCAAGCGAACGUAUCGCGUACAUGGUGCUGGACACCCAAUCCGGAGACACAGCUAUUCGCAACGGCAUCCUGGAAGGCCUUCGAGCUCUGGGGCCCGAGUACUCCAUCUACACCAAGGACAAUGUGGCCGUGACAGGCACACAUAGUCACUCGGGUCCAGGAGCGUGGCUCAACUACCUGCUCCCGCAGAUCACCAGCUUGGGCUUUGACAAGCAGAGCUACCAGGCCAUAGUCGACGGCGCAGUGCUUUCGAUUCAACGAGCACAUCAAAGUCUGGCCCUGGGAACCGUCGGUGCAGGGAGCGCGAAGAUCGCCGACGCCAACAUCAACCGUAGCCUGUUUGCGUACCUCGCCAACCCAGCAGCGGAGAGAGCGCGGUACACGGACGAUGUAGACAAGACAAUGACGCUGCUCAAGUUCACCAGGUCCAGCGACGGAAAAGCAAUGGGUAUCCUCAACUGGUUCGCUGUUCACGGCACCAGCAUGCUGGGCAACCAGACACUGAUCACCGGUGACAACAAGGGCGUGGCAGCAUACCUCUUCGAGGAAGCCAUUGCUGCUGAAGGCAACGUGGCAGAAGGCUUCGUUGCCGGCUUCUCCCAAGCCAACGUCGGUGACACCUCGCCGAAUGUUCUCGGUGCCUACUGCGAAGACGGGACGAACCAGCAGUGCAGACGCAACGACAGCACCUGCGCGAACGGCAAGAGUCAAGACUGCCAUGGCCGCGGGCCCUACUUCGGUCUGAACGACGGCGGCGCAAAGUCAUGCUACGAGAUCGGAAAGCGUCAAGCAGACGGCGCACGCAGCAUCUUCAACACGGCAAGCUUCACCUCCAUCUCCGGCAGCGUCCGCUCCUUCCACACCUUCGUCGACUUCUCCAACUACACUGUCCGCCUCAGCAACGGCUCGCUCGCCACCACCUGCCCAGCCGCCAUGGGCAAUUCCUUCGCAGCCGGCACCACUGACGGGCCGGGGGCGUUUGACUUUGUGCAAAACGACCCCGGGGCGCCAUCAAACCCCUUCUGGAACGUGGUGGGCAGCGCCAUCGCGCCUCCAUCUAAGGCGCAGAAAGCAUGCCAGUAUCCCAAGCCAGUCUUGCUGAACGUCGGCGAAGCAAACACGCCCUACCCCUGGUCGCCCAACAUCGUCGACAUCCAAACCCUGCGCAUCGGCCAGUUCAUCAUCAUCGUCUCUCCGGGCGAGGCCACAACCAUGUCCGGCCGGCGCUGGCGCGAAGCCGUGCACAACGCAGCCAAAUCCUCUCUCCUCCCAUCGACCGUAGACCCCAUCGUAGUCCUCGGCGGCCCAGCAAACACGUACGCGCACUACAUCGCCACGGCAGAAGAAUACGCGAUCCAGCGCUACGAGGGCGCGUCGACGCUGUACGGGCAGCACACGCUCGCUGCUUUUAUCAAUGCGACAUUGACCCAUCUACCGUACCUAAGCGACGAGAAGAAGGGCGUGGUGCCGCCUGGCCCAAGCCCGCCGGACAACAGGAAGCGCAGCAUCAGCCUGAUAACAGGCGUUGUGUAUGACGGUGCGGGUUUCGGGAAAUCGUUUGGCAAUGUAAAGACGGCGCCGAAAUCUACCUACCAUGCUGGUGAGACGGUGAGAGUUGCGUUCGUCGGCGCGAAUCCGAGGAACAAUCUGCGUCUCGAGGGCACCUUCACAUCGAUAGAGCGAAACGUCGACGGGGCCUGGACGCAGAUCAAAAACGACAAGGACUGGGAGGUCGUGUAUGAGUGGAAGCGCGUCAAUGGACUGGCGGGCACGAGCGAUGUUACGGUGAGCUGGGAUACGAGCUUCUCGCGUCCGGAGGCGGGCCGGUACCGCAUCAGAUACUUUGGAGACUCAAAGAGUGUGGGGGGGAAGAUCUCGGCGUUUGAGGGUUCUAGUGGGGAGUUCAGAAUUGUGUAGGUGCGAUUCGAUGAUGAGAUUAGGAAAUGAGGAGUCUUGGGUGUGAGAAAUGAGAAAUUUUGGGUGAGAGAGAGAGAGAGAGAGGAAAGGAGUGCAUUUCUAUACUGAUGCUGAUGCGGAUGCGUAUGCAACGUGCGGGUAUCCUAAAGCGCCAACCUAGCCUCCGUAGCCCUAAUGAAUCGUAGCCCUA